AUGGUACAGCGCACGCAGGUUAGCUAACUGAUGUCGCCCGUACACUUUGCGACCAUAUUGGACUACUGCGCUGUGCGUGCUCACGUCUUUCUUUCGUCUUAGGCCAUGACGCCAUACCGUUUAAGUUUGCUGUUACAUUUCCUGUUUUUGGAUACGGGACCUCACAUCUUUUUUUCCUAGGAGCCAAGAUGAGUUCAUUUAGCGGCUGUGUCCAUCUGUGCCUUGUACGGACGAUAGACGGUGUCGGAUGACUGUCUUUCUUAGGAUGGGUCGGGCAGUUGAGUUCAAUACUACCUUGAAGUAGUCAAUGAGAUCUGUUUUGACAAUGAAAAGUGUUAUUGACGUAGCGAACUCACAGCUGUUGUUGAUACUUAAUGAACACCCAGUAUUCUAUCCGCCGAAGGACUACUUCAGUGCACAUGCCUGGUAGGCAGACCGAAUAGGAAUGCCUUUGAUUUGUUCAUGCAUCUGUCCAUCAAAUGCGAAGUAGGUUUUAACGCAGUGUCGUCAAAGCUGGAGGAAAUAUUUGGACUUCAAGGAUUCGUCUCGGGUCGUAGCGCAUAAUCAGAAGUCAAUUCACAAUAUCUGUCGGUAAGUGUGAAAUGGGGGAAGAGUGCGAAGACGCCACAGGAUAACAUGCGUUCAUAUGGUUCUAAUUUCAGUCAUUUAUUGGGCUAAAGGGAUCGAUUGGUCGAAGCUACUGUUGAUGGUGAGCCCUUGAUCAGAAAUUUGCGAUGGUCAAAUAUCCAUUUUGCCUAAACGUACACAAGAGGUCAAUGUAGGGGGGCAAUAGGCCUGAGCUAGGUGUUUACUUUGUGCACCGCCCAGCGACGGCUGUAGUAUGGGACCGCCGUCAUUGGGACCAACUGGCUCGCGGCUCACCUUCCUCUACGGCAGUGGAAGGUAGGCCUAGUUUGAAGCGGGUGUGAGCCCUGACUGACAAAGGCUUGAGGCCGAGUGGACAGGCACAGUACAAAAUCAAAUAAGUCAGUUUGAAUAAAUUGACGUUUUCCAUUAAUUACCUAACAAAUAUGUAUUAAACUGCAGUGGUUGCGGAGGGCAUAAAUUUAAAGAACCAAUGAUGGUAAAGGAGCUCAUGGCGCGAUGCGGUAUUCAUUAGCGUGGCAACGCCGUAAAAGGGCAGAGUAAUGGACCAAUGGCCAAGGUGGAGGCUUGCUCCGGGGAUGGGGUGAAAGUAUAGAUGUUGGCAUGGUUCGUCGAUCGUGGAGACUGGUCGUUGGUGACUGGUCUGUCACACUUGGCGGAUUGUUCGGGAUAGCUCAGGCAUGAAUACAACUUUAUCGGUGAGUGGGCUUGAUGGCAUUUUUAAAAGACUUUGCUCCAAGAAUGCAGCAGCAAGAUGGGAAAAGUACCUGUGGCUGAGUUUUUGGGAAGCAAGAAGGCAUUCCUAAUGGCUUGUGAAUUAAAACCCGAUUGUAAAGUGCUGUGGUCAACCUGGUUUUUAAACUUUCAGCGUCGGGAAUUAACUGGAGCACACUAACGAAAUAGCUAUUCUCUGAUUGGAGCUUCACCCUCUGGUUUGUUAACACACUGAACUAAUUUCGGAAAGUUAGCCUUCUUUGAAAACCCUGAGUGGUACUGGAAAGUUUGUGACUGCUACUUCCUUGCCACUUAGUCAAAAGUAUCGCUUCGACACAGACUGAAAACGGUCAUUCGUUUAUGAAACUUUAGUCUGACGCCAAAAACAGCCGCAUAGCAAAUCUUUCUUGUAUACUUGCAUUCAAAUUUAGUGUAGAGUUAUGGAUAUUUCGUUUUCCUUAACUUCCUUACCAGAGGCAGAAACCAUGCUUAGCGUUUUUGCAACCGAUUUUACUAAAUAACCACACUGCUAAGUCGAAGCUAGGACAACUAUGAUGGUACUUUUUCUGCCAUUGGUCCUGCUUCAAGAAGAGCUAUAAACAACUGAUUGGCUCUUUUUGAAGGGUACUUUUCGUAUUUAGUCCUCUUUGUUAUCAUUCGUGACGUAGGGUUGGUCGUCCGAACCCAUGUGUUUCUGUAGUCAAAACGCCCGUGUCGCAUUACGUACCUGUCUGGCGUGCUGAACUAAAUUUGGCCCUCACGAUUGUAGUCAGAUGACGGGUUGACGUAUACUUGGUCCAAGUCAAAUAUUAUGGUGCUUUACCCUCCGAAUGCCUGCCCCCUGAGGCUGAUCGAUAUUUAGUAGCUUUCCUUUGACCCAAUUGUGAAGAAAUCAGCGGUCUUAGUGGUCAAGGCAUGAGUACAGCCAACGCUCUAACAAUUUGAGUUACAAAGCUUCAAUGGGAGCCGCGGGCCUAAUCGUACUUGAAUCAAGUUAUACGCCCAGCCUACUGCAUCGUAUGGAAUCCGCCAAACGAAUUGUUUAAAUCUUCCGGAAAACCUAAUAAUAUAGCAGUUUGUACUUUUGGCUCUAAUAGUCCCACCGGACGCAAGGGGUACCAUCAAUUUCACUUGGGCACCUAAUUCUCCUGGUUGCUUAAUUGUGUAACGCCUUGUCUAUCCAAACCGAAGGUGGUCAACCCUAAAAAUCCUCGAAGGAUAAAUUAUGCAGACCUUUUAUUAACAUUCCAACUAACUGUUGAAUCAACCUUACCACUUCUCCACCCAUCUAUUCCAACUAGGACGACCUGUUUUUCGCCUCCAGUUCAGAGGCUCUGCAUCAGAGUGUACUGUCCACUUCUAUCCGUCAGUGCCCUCUUGUUCAGUCCCCGCUCGCAGAGAACCCAGUACCUCCACAAGGCCGCGAGGCCUUCAAACCAUGGGAUGAUGGAUGCCAGUCCGAAAAGCAUUCAUCCAACCAGGGAGUAUCCAGUCAGGUGACGUCACAGAGCGACAAGUGGCAACAAAGUGAGCCUCCUAGUAAAAAUCCGUCGCUAUGA